CAUGGCGGCGCACUAAAAACGCCAGGAUCGAAAGCAUUAUCAUCCUACGAACGGUCAUCAUCACUUUCCUGACUUCGAAUUAUUACCAGGUCGUGAGUCCCCUUAUUUGACGGGAUGGAUGCUCCAAUUGGUGGAAAGGCCACCAAAAUGCCUAAGGUGGCCAAGGUGAAAAACAAGGCACCAGCUGAGAUACAAAUCACAGCUGAACAGCUCCUCCGAGAAGCUAAGGAAAGGGACUUGGAAAUUGUUCCUCCUCCUCCAAAGCAAAAGAUAUCUGACCCAGAGGAGUUGCGAGACUAUCGCAUGAGAAAGAGAAAACAGUUUGAAGACAACAUCCGAAAGAAUAGAGGUUUGAUAUCAAACUGGAUCAAGUAUGCACAAUGGGAAGAGAGUCAGAGAGAAAUUCAGAGAGCACGGAGUGUCUUCGAAAGAGCACUGGAUGUGGACCAUCGAAAUAUUACCCUAUGGCUCAAGUACACGGAGAUGGAGAUGAGAAACAAGCAGGUGAAUCAUGCUCGGAACUUGUGGGAUCGGUCUGUCACAGUCCUCCCAAGAGCCAACCAAUUUUGGUACAAGUAUACCUACAUGGAAGAGGUCCUUGGAAACAUUGCAGGGGCAAGGCAAGUCUUUGAACGAUGGAUGAUGUGGGAGCCUGAUGAGCAGGCUUGGCAGACAUACAUCAAGUUUGAGUUAAGAUACAAGGAGCUGGACAGAGCAAGAACUCUCUAUGAGCGUUUUGUCAUGGUCCAUCCUGAUGUGAAGAACUGGAUAAGAUAUGCCAGGCAAGUAUCACAUGAAAGCAAUGGCUAUAUUCAGAAUGCAAGGCGCAUCUAUGAGAGGGCAGUGAGCUUCUUUGGGGAUGACCACUUGGAUGAACGACUCUUCAUUGCUUUUGCCAAGUUUGAGGAGGGCCAGAAAGAGCAUGACAGAGCUCGAGUUAUAUACAAGUAUGCUCUGGACAACAUCCCAAAAGAUAGAUGCGAGGAGCUGUACAAACAGUACACAAUCCAUGAGAAGAAAUAUGGUGAGAAAGCUGGGAUUGAGGAUGUGAUUGUCAGCAAGCGAAAAUUCGCCUAUGAGGAGGAAGUCCGAACCAAUCCGAUGAAUUAUGAUGCUUGGUUUGAUUACUUGCGGUUGGUUGAGAGUGAAGGAAACAGUGAGGUCAUACGAGAGACUUAUGAACGUGCUGUUGCAAAUGUUCCCCUGAUCAAGGAGAAGAGGUAUUGGAGGAGAUACAUAUACUUGUGGAUCAACUAUGCAUUGUAUGAAGAGCUGGAGGCUAAAGAUAUGGAGAGGACUCGAGAAGUCUAUAAGGCUUCCACUGCACUGAUUCCUCAUAAGAUCUUCACCUUUGCCAAGGUCUGGCUCCUGUAUGCCUACUUUGAAGUGCGACAGAAGAACUUGGCUGCUGCACGCAAAGUCUUGGGUACUGGAAUCGGAAUGUGCCCAAAGGCCAAAAUUUUUCGAGGCUACAUUGAGCUAGAGAUUCAGCUGCGAGAAUUUGAUCGUUGCCGCAUCCUGUAUGAGAAGUUUCUGGAAUUUGCACCUGAAAACUGUUCCACAUGGCUCAAGUUUGCAGAGUUGGAAAGGCUUCUAGGAGAUGAAUCCCGAGCCAGGGCCAUCUUUGAUUUGGCUAUUAAUCAGCCCAGGCUGGAUAUGCCAGAGCUUCUAUGGAAAGCCUACAUUGACUUUGAAAUAGAAAUGGAAGAGUAUGAGAAGGUUCGUUCCAUCUAUGUCAAGUUGCUGCAGAGGACACAACAUGUCAAGGUAUGGUUGAGUUUAGUUCGCUUUGAGACUGACCUCGGAGAGAUGGAAAAAGCACGCAAGGUGUUCGAACGUGGUAACGGAGUUCUGAGAGACAUUGACCGAGAAGAGGUGAAGGAAGAACGGGUCAUGCUCCUUGAAGAGUGGCAGCGAUUUGAGGCUGCACAUGGAAUGCCGGAGCAACGAGAUAAGGUGGCUCGACUCAUGCCACGCAAGGUGAAGAAGAGGAGGAAGAUUCAGACUCAGGAUGGGAUGGAUGCUGGAUGGGAGGAAUACUUUGACUAUAUCUUCCCUGAAGAUGAGGCAGCCAAGCCCAAUCUCAAACUUCUUGCCAUGGCUAAGUUAUGGCGAAAGCAGAAGGAACAGACUGAAAAUAGUGAGGACUCUGAAGAAGCUUCUUCAAUGAAAGAAAAUGACUCCAUGUCUGAAUCUUGAUCCUCAGGCUUUCAUCCAUUUUGUAUUUGUGAUAAUUAAAGUCUUUUGGAUGUUACUUUCA